AUGCACAGCGUCGCUAUGGACAGCGCCAACCGCACCUACAUGCCUUAUUACCUGCACUCCACCGGCAUGUCCGUCAGCUACAUCCUGUGCUAUGUGGUGGUUCUCCUGCUCUGUGUCGGGGGGAAUGUACUGGUCUCCCUGGUGGUCCUCCGGAACCGCAACAUGCGCUCCGUCACUAACCUAUUCAUCCUCAACUUGGCCGUCAGUGACCUGCUCAUUGGAGUGUUCUGCGUUCCGACGACUUUGAUUGACAACCUGAUAUCAGGUGGGGAGUUUUGCUUAUUAUAGCCUGGACUCAUUAUUGGGACGCUUGUCAUGACAAAUUAUAGUUAUUACUGGUGCAUCAAUUUGUCGCUUUGGGAAUGAGUGUUCAGAACUUUCCUGCAGUCCUUUUGUCUGCAUCAUUAAAUCCAGCCAGUUAAAUUCCCAUUUGGCUUUGAUUUAACAUUUUCUUAACCUCUUGGGCAUUUAGUGUAAUAUUGUAAUAGUGCUUGUAUUUUGAUUCAAAUGGGACUUCUGUGGCUUUAUCAAAGGUUUCACUCUGGAGUGGAGUGAAAACGCUGAAUUUCAAUCAACUUGGUGUUGAUAUGAAUCAAAAAGUGAAUAUCUAUGACAUGUAUGCGUUUUCACACCUUUUCAGCCCUUUGCGCCCUUAUAUAUAUUUACACUGAGUAUACAAAACAUUAAGAAAACCUAAAAAUACACAGUGAAACAACAAGUCAUAUUUCUGAAAUAUAGUGUCCUUCUUUUGUCUUACUGUAUGAAAGUGAGGUGUACAUAUACUGAGUGUACAAAACAUUAUUAACAUCUGCUCUUUCCAUGACAUAGACUGACGAGGUGAAUCCAGAUGAACUCUGUGAUCGCUUGUUUAUGUCACUUGUUAAAUCCACUUCAAUCAGUGUAGAUGAAGGGGAGGAGACAGGUUAAAGAAGGAUUUUUAAGCCUUGAGACAAUUGAGACAUGGAUUGUGUAUGUGUGCCAUUCAGACGGUGAACGGUCAAGACAAAAAAUGUAAGUCCCUUUGAAACGGGGUAUGGUAGUAGGUACCAGGCGCACCAGUUUGUAUCAAGAACUGCAAUGCUGAUGGGGUUUUCACACUCAACAGUUUCCUGUGUGUAUCAAGAAGGGUCCACCACCCAAAGCACAUCCAGCCAGCUUGACACACCUGUGGGAAGCAUUGGAGUCAACAUGGGCCAGCAUCCCUGUGGAACGCUUUCCACACCUUGUAGAGUCCAUGCCCCGAUGAAUCAAGGCUGUUCUGAGAGAAAAAGGGGGUUGCAACUCAAUAUUAGGAAGGUGUUCCUAAUGUUUGGUAUACUCAGUGUAUAUCCACACAUUUAAUAAAAGCCAGAUUAAUUAAAAUUAAGACAUUUGGUGUAGCAUAUCUGUGACUAAUAAUAUAAGGUAUUAAUAAUUAGUAGCCCUUUCCUGCAGUCAAAUGACCUAGUGGCUACAUGGGUUGAAUGUUUCUUAAUAUAUUUCAUAAUUUAAUCAUUAAUAAACUUUUUUUUUUUAACUGCGAAAAUCCGGUGUUUCUAUGUCAAACAGUUUUGAUCUUUUUCAGUCUUCUGUGAUGUAUAUAAAGUGUAAUAUUGGGAUGCAAAAUCAAAAUUGAAUACAUUUCAACUCUACAUCUGACAGGUGUCUUCUUUUUUUAAGCCCAUAAUCAUGUGUGUGAGGUGUUUAAUUUAGUUUCAAAGUAGAUUUGUUUAAGACUACCAAGAAACACUCUGUGUGACCCUGAUUUAGCCCACUGCAGUAAAGGUGAUUAAUAAUCCCUGCCAGCUAUGCAUGUGUAGCCUGGUCCCAGAUCUGCUCGUGCUAACUCCAUUGCUGUCAUUCUUAAGCCAAACGUGUUUGGCAUGGCAAUUCUUUAAAGAGUUGGCGAGGGAGAGCAGUAACAGACUGGCAACCAGGCUACUGCUUGUGUGUAAUGGACUCUGUCUUUUCAGGAUGGCCAUUUGGCCAGAUCACAUGCACCAUGAGCAACCUGGUCCAGGGGAUGUCAGUGUCAGCAUCAGUCUUCACUCUGGUGGCCAUAGCUGUUGACAGGUAAUACACCACCAGUGGGCUAGUGUGAUGGACCACACUAGCCUGGUCCCACAUCUAUUUGUAAUCUUGUCAACAAUUGCUGUAAUUGUCAAGCCAUACAUUUGUAAAGAGUCCUCUUUCAUCAUAUUCAGCGUUUUGUUAUUGGGCAGCCUUAGUGAUGGUAAAGAAUGGCAUCAACAUAAUGGUGACCAAAAUAAUGGUCUAUUACCAUCUCAGUGAUGGUAAAGAAUGGCAAAGGACUGGAAAAUAAUAGGGAAUCAAGUAAUGGUUGACAGAGAAAUAUAUAACUGCUUAAAUAAUUCAGGGACUAUAUUGCAUUUUGUGAUAGUAAUCAAUUAAUAAUAUUCACAAUACCCUUGGUGCCAUCGGAAGGGUGAUGUCUCUCUCUCUCUUUCUCUCUCUCUUUCUCUCUCUCUCUCUCUCUCUCUCUCUCUAUCUCUCUCUCUCUCUACCUAACCCCCCCCCCCCCCUUCUCAGGUUCACAGGUAUUGUGUACCCCUUUAGACAUCGGACGAGGCCUGUGACUGCUCUUCUCACCAUCCUUUUCAUAUGGGUGCUGGCAUUUGCUGUCAUCUGCCCCUCGGCCGCCAAUCUGACCGUUAUACACCUGGAGGACACCUACAUGGUCCAGGACAACCAGACCUACCCUGUCUUCGUCUGCUUCGAGAACUGGCCUCGACCCGAGAUGCGUCGGGUCUACACCAUGGUCAUCUUCGUUCACGUGUACCUGGCCCCCCUGGGCAUCAUCAGCAUCAUGUAUGGCUGCAUCGCUGCCAAGCUCUCUAUCAACCUAAGGCAGGUGAGGCUGGGAAAAGUGCGGAGGGUCCACUCCCAACGCAGGGCUAAAGUGAUCAAGAUGCUGAUCAUGGUGGCUGUGCUCUUCAUGGUGUCAUGGCUACCUCUGUGGACGCUAAUGCUGCUGACUGACUACAGGGAUCUGGACACACAGCAGAUUAACUUCCUCAGCAGCUACCUGUUCCCAGUGGCCCACUGGCUGGCCUUCUUUAACAGCGGGAUUAACCCCAUCAUCUAUGGCUUUUUCAAUGAGAACUUCCGCAGGGGAUUCCAGGCUGCAGUGGCCUGCAGGUCCUGUUCACAACCAACAAUAACAACAACAGUGGUGGUUAAUACACGCUUUAACUUCCCGCCCCCUAACAGAGUAUUCAAUGAUAACCCUGAGUCCUCUGGUGGGAAGAAAGGCCACAGCUCCAGGGGCACUCCUAAGAUUAUCCCACAUGGAACCAAUGAAAUCCUCCUGGAUGACAGGAAUGUUGCUUCCAACAGGGUGAUUGGUGCCUGGGUGGAGUGA